AUGAACAAAAUGAAGAACUUUAAGCGCCGCUUCUCUCUGUCUGUGCCAAGGACCGAAACAAUAGAGGAGAAUGAGUUCACCGAACAGAUAAACCAGCUCAACAUUCGCCGCAACGAGGAUCUCGUUCCUAACAGUUUGGGUUUGCCCAGACUGCACCCAGAACCCAGUCCACUGGCCUCAGACAACAGAUCCCAGUCUCCCACCCAGCUUCACUACCGGAGUAAACACCAACACCGUCGCUUUUCCAUGGAGGAUGUAAGUAAGCGGAUGUCUCUCCCCAUGGACAUCCGCUUGCCUCCAGAGUUUCUGAAGAAACUGCAGAUGGAAAGCCCUGAGCCCUGCAAACCCCUGAGCCGCAUGUCCAGAAGAGCCUCACUGUCUGAUAUUGGGUUUGGGAAGCUGGAGACUUAUGUGAAAUUGGGCAAAUUAGGAGAGGGGACAUACGCCACAGUAUUCAAGGGUCGCAGUAAGCUCACCGAGAACCUGGUAGCCCUGAAAGAGAUCCGACUGGAGCAUGAAGAAGGCGCUCCUUGCACGGCCAUCCGGGAAGUGUCACUGCUGAAGAACCUGAAACAUGCUAACAUCGUGACUCUGCAUGACAUCAUUCAUACAGACCGGUCUCUAACGCUGGUCUUCGAGUAUCUGGACAGUGACUUGAAACAAUACUUAGACAACUGUGGAAACCUCAUGAGCAUGCACAAUGUUAAAAUAUUUAUGUUUCAGCUGCUCCGUGGCCUGUCCUACUGCCACAAGAGAAAGAUAUUACACAGAGACCUAAAGCCCCAGAACCUACUUAUCAAUGACAAAGGGGAACUUAAACUAGCUGACUUUGGUUUAGCAAGGGCCAAAUCUGUCCCGACAAAAACCUACUCCAACGAGGUGGUCACGCUGUGGUAUCGCCCCCCUGAUGUUCUGCUGGGUUCUACGGAAUACUCCACUCCCAUCGACAUGUGGGGUGUAGGAUGUAUCCUGUUUGAAAUGGCUACGGGGCGACCCAUGUUUCCUGGAUCUACAGUGAAGGAAGAACUCCACCUGAUCUUUCGGCUCAUGGGCACACCCACUGAGGAUGUUUGGCCAGGUAUCUCGGCCAAUGAAGAGUUCAAGACCUACCUGUUUCCCCAGUACAAGGCUCAGCAACUCAUUAACCAUGUGCCCAGACUGGACACAGAGGGGAUAGACCUCCUUUCAGCCCUUCUUCUGUAUGACACCAGGAGCAGGAUCUCAGCAGAGGAUUCUCUGAGACACUCUUACUUCCUGAGUCUUGGAGAGAACAUCCACACUCUACCAGACACAUCCUCUGUGUUUUCUCUUAAAGAGGUCCAGCUGCAGAAGGAUCCUGGGCACAAAAGUUCCGUAUUCCAGCCAGCAGGUCGAGGCAAGAACCGCAGACAGAGCAUAUUCUGA